AAGCAAAUUACAGUAUAAGGUUUAUUGCUCGAUUGGAGCUCGAAUUGUUAAAUCGUAAAUCUCUGUGGGCCUUAGAUCUGCGUCUAUGAUCAUUUUCGGAUUUGUCUUUUGGUUGCGGGACUGAGAUUUCAUAAUAUUUUACUAACACGAAUGACAUUCGUUCUUGGUACAAGUUGGGGCUGCCUUGCAGUUGAAGCUAGAAUAAAUUAAACUAGUUCAGCGAAAUCGUAUGUUUUUUUAUUUUAUUUUUUUAAAUUAGAUCACGAUUCAUUUGAUCUGGGAUGCUCAGUUAUUUGCUCUUACGGAGAAACUUCCCAUCUCAGAUCGAGUUUCAUGAGUCCAUGUGAAGAUCAAAUUGUUGUUUAUUUUAUUAUGGGUGGAGCCUGGAGCUCUGUUAUGAACCGACUUGAUGAAUGAAGAUUUGUUGAUUUCCGGCUGAAGUAAUGAAGUUAAAAUAAAAAUAAAAAUACAACUUAAUUUCUCCAGGUUUUGUAGGAUGAAUUGACUGGUAGACAAUCAAGUUACAUUUUGGAAAUUGUUGUAGGACUGGUUGGAAGUUUGAAUUGGUAAAAGUUGAAGGGUCGAGAGAUUUCUGGGUGUAAAAGAAAUGGAAGCUACUCUCUGGAAAGAAGUUGAACUUGAGGUUUACCAAUAAUAAUGAAAAAGAAACUUGUUCAGUUAUUGAUCCCAAAAUAAUAUGCAUCAAGGUCAUCCAGCUGAAACUUUGGAACGCUUUCUGAAGGCGAGGGACUGGAAUGUUGCCAAAGCCCAUAAAAUGUUAAUGGAUUGUCUUCAUUGGAGGAUACAAAAUGAGAUUGACAACAUAUUGGCAAAACCGAUCACUCCCCCUGAACUAUACAGAGCAGUACGAGAUUCUCAGCUGGUAGGAUUGUCUGGAUACUCAAAAGAGGGUCUUCCUGUCAUAGCUGUUGGUGUUGGUCAGAGCACAUUUGACAAGGCAUCUGUUCAUUCUUAUGUGCAGUCACACAUCCAAAUCAAUGAAUAUAGGGACCGCGUUGUCUUGCCUGCUGCGACAAAGAAGCAUGGACGACCUAUAAGCACCUGUCUCAAGGUUUUGGAUAUGACUGGUUUACGGCUUUCAGCAUUAAAUCAAAUAAAGCUUCUGACCGUCAUAUCUACCAUUGAUGACCUAAACUAUCCCGAGAAGACGAAUACCUACUACAUCGUUAAUGUCCCAUAUGUAUUUUCCGCUUGCUGGAAGGUCGUAAAACCUCUUUUGCAAGAGAGGACAAGGAGAAAAGUCCAAGUGCUACAGAACUGUGGGCGAGAUGAACUACUAAAGGUAAUGGAUUAUGCAGCACUGCCACAUUUUUGUCGAAAAGAAAGAUCGGGAUCAUCUCGGCAUUCUGAGAAUGGAAAUACAGAAAACUGCUUCUCCUUCGACAGUGCAUUCCAUCAACAGCUCUACAGGUACACUCAACAGCAAAGUGCAGUUAGGGAGCCCAUUGUACCAGUCAAACAUGGAUCAUUUCAUGUGGAUUUCCCCGAACCUGAUCCAAGAGACGUUGAAAUUGCGAAAACAAUAGAAUCAGAGUUCCAUAAGUUGGAAAAUCACAAUACACUCAGCUAUUCCAUGAAUGGCCUUUAAGUCAAUGGAGAAUGAUGAAUGAAGAAUACUAAUCAUGUCUAGUAAACUACAAGCCUACUAUACUAUUACUACACAGGAUGAGCUUGGCCUUCAAAUUUCAUAUGUAAUUGAAGGUUUAUUUACACUAUCUGCCACAUGGUUUCCAGGACAAAGCAAUUUUUGUAUGCAAUGGCUUCUCUUCUGUGCUGAAGCUCAUCUUGUUCGAAACGCCGUUUAAAAUGAAAUGGUUCGUUUCUCGUA